AUGUUCUGGGAGUUUGACUUUAAUAGCACGUCGCAGAUCGACAAGAUCCUGGACGAGGAAACUUGCACGCUUGAACAAAUCUUGGACCAGGACGAUGUAUUGCAAGAGUGCAAGGCCAGCAAUGAUAAGCUGCUCAAGUACUUGACUGUUGAAGCACAGCUGGAUCGCUUGAUCCGCUAUGUCGUGGACAUGCCUGAUGACCCCGAUGAGAUGAACCGCUUCAAGUAUUCCUCCAUUGCCAGCGAGGUCCUAACGUGCGACGCCUGGUCCAUGACUUCUGCCGUCAGCGAAGCGCCUGUGCUCAACAGGUUUUACGCCUACUUUGAACAAGAUGAAGUCCUGCAUCCUUUGCAUGCCAGCUUUGUUGUCCGCGUGCUCUCCGGCCUCUUUCAAAAGUCCAACGAGAGCAUGGCCGCCCAUCUGAAGGAGAAUCCUCAGCACCUGCGCAGUAUCAUCAAGCACAUACGAACACCGGCUGUUGUGGAAUUACUCGUCUGCAUCUCUGGGAGUGAGAUGAAUCUGCAGGAUUGGCUCACCUCCAACGAGCACCACUUUGUCGAAGACAUUCUCUCAAAGCUGGCACCAGCUGAGCAGCAAGAUGCCGAAGAACUUAGCAACGUGCAUCGCUACAUCUCGGAGGUUGUGAUCAACUGUCGCCGCGAAGCCUCUGACCAAUGGCAGCGUGCUGGUGACUCGCCACCCAGCCCCUUGUUGGCGUUUCUGCUGCGCCAGGACACGGUGGAGCAAAUUCUCAAAGACUGCUUUGAAGGCACAUCGCUCUCCCUCGAAUAUAGCCUCGAGGUGUUGCUGGAGCUGGUGCGUGAGCCCCCAAUUGUGGACGAUGACCAAGAGUUCUCCUCCAUCGAUCGGGCUCGCCACAAGCAAGAAGUUCAAGGCGUUUUGGCCGUUUUGGCCCCCAAGUUCAGCCAGCUGCAUGACAUUGUGGUCACGCACAAGCGCGAGGAACCCUUGCAAACCGGCAGCGGUGUCUUGGAGAAACCCGUGGGCAAGCUGCGACUGACGGCCGUUCACCUUGUUGUGGCCCUGAUGGAGUUUCGGCAUCAUGACAUGAUUGAGGAAAUUAUUAAAGCCGGUACCGUCGGCGUCUGUCUAGCAUUCCUCGGCGAUUAUCCGGAGAACAACUUUAUGCACAAGUAUAUCUUUGACAUGUUGAGCCUGGCUAUUCCAGACCCCGACAAUGCCGCAGCUGGCAGGAAGGAUGAAGAUGAUGACUCCGAGCUUGUACCGACAGAUGACGACCCUGCUGCGGCCGAAGCCGUCAACGACCUGUAUCGUCACGUUUUUGUGGACUACAACCUCUUCCAGCGUCUUUUGGAUCUGUGGGCAGAGAACAACCGCGUGCAAUCAGAAGGCAAGGGCCACCGCCUUGGCUACAUGGGCUAUUGGCUCAAAAUUGCGGAUCGCAUCUUGGCACUGGAAGGCUCCCCACGCGACCCUCUGACACUCUUUGGUGAUUCAGACGUCGUUGCGGGCGUUGCGUCCAGCUGGCGUGCCCUCGUGGAUCAGCACAUUCGUCCCCUGUUGAAAGUCGCCAAGGAGCCGCUGGGUGGUGCUCCACCCCAAGGAUUUGCAGACUCGGAUGACAGCGACUUUUACGUCCCCCGCUCUGCCGAGGACUACAUGCGAGUCGCCGGCACCGGCGAUGUCAGCGACAACGCCGCCGACAAUAGCGCGGCAUUUCAGGACUUUUGUACCGCCGAGCUGGCGCCCAAGUUCCCCGACUUCCGACCCGCUGCCCACGGCACCGAAGAGAGCGAAGAGGACAUAGCUCUCAACUAUGGCAUGGAUGGCAUCUUCAGCCCGGGCCUCGUGUAUGACACCGACCUUGCCCCGUUUGUGGUGGACGGUAUCAGCUCGGUCCAGGAGCCUGCGUACGAUGAACCCGCUCCGGACGCAUUGGAUACGUCCAUGUCCGUGCCCAUUGUCAACGAGGCCGUUGCCAGCUCAACCAAUGAUUCGGGUGAUGCUUCAGCCCCCGCAGCAGCUGAUUUGGAUAGCUCUGCAUCAGAGUCAGAAUCGGGUGUACGUACGCCCUCUGCUGUGGCCACUGGUGGAGGGCUGCCCCUGAGCGACAGUAGCGAGGAUGAGGAUGAGGAUGAAGAGGAUAUGGCGGAUGCAGAUGUCGAUGAGGAGGCCGGCUGGACCGUCAAGUCUGUGCCCAUGGAUGGCUUGGCUCGCGGUGCUUCCAACGAACCUGUGGAUGAGGACGAAGGAGAUAACAGCGAAGAUAAGGAGCUUGAUACAGAUUCAGACGAAGAGCUGAGUGCUUCAUAUGAUCUGCAGACCAUGUCCAUGACACCCACCAAGCCGGCGAUCGACAUUCCAUUGAGCCCGCGAAGUACCAAUGCUGUCCGCCACAUUCAUACGCGCGCUGAUCCACAAGCUUCAAGCCCUGUGGCCGCAUCGGCGUCCGAUGAGCUCAAGACCUUUGCCUUGCUGGAACAAGAUUCAAGCACCGACGACCUCAGCAAACCCGCUGCCAUUGCGGCUGAUGAUGCAGCUGGUACCGCUGCUUCGCCCGCCACCGCCAAGUCCAACGGUUCCAAUUCCUCAACACCCGGUAGCGGUGUCAAAAAGCCGGAGCGCAAGCGUAGCCUGCCCUCAACUCCGGUCCCGAAGAAUGCCAACCUCCCCUCAACAAUUCACACACUCCCUCUCUCUCCCUCUCUCUCCCCCCUCUCUCCCUCCCUCUCUCUCUCUCCCUCUCUCUCCCCCCUCUCUCUCUCCCUCUCUACAACUAAGUUUUUUGUGAAAGAGAGAGAGAGAGAGAGAGAGAGAGAGAUUUUCAUGAUUGUGAAGCAUGGCGAGCGCGAUCGAGGCGGUUGGUUGCCGGCUGUCAAGGGCGGUGGUGUGACCGUGCGUCAGUUUAAUAAUGGUCAGAGCAACCCCACUUUUUGGUUGGCCUGGCCUGAUCAAGGCCCCCAGCUCGUUGUCCGCAAGAAGCCACCGGGCAUUUUGCUACCCAAGGCCCAUCAAGUUGAGCGCGAAUAUGCCGUGCUUCGGGCGCUCUAUCAGCAGGGCUUUCCCGUUCCAGAGCCUUUGCUGCUCUCUGAUGAUGAUCGCGUCAUCGGAACCCCCUUUUAUGUGAUGCGUUACGUGCAAGGCCGCAUCUUCCGCGAUCCCGAACUCAAGUCCCUGCCCGAGCCUCAGCGCCGCCUCUACUACGAUGCUGUCGUCGCCACCCUCAACUUGGACGUUGCCCAGAUGGAUCUGCCAGAUACCAUGCGCAAGAGGGGCUCUUAUUUUGGCCGCCAGCGACACGUGUGGUUCAAGCAAUACCAGCUGGCCUGCACCGUCGUACCGCCGCUGCCAGCUCUGGAGCAGCUCAACACACAGCUCGAAGCGGCCGCCAAGCAACACACAACCGAUGAGCAAACUUGUCUCACGCACGGCGACUUUCGCAUCGACAAUGUCAUCUUCCAUCCCACUGAACCUCGCGUGAUUGCAGUCUUGGACUGGGAGCUCUGCGCCAUCGGCCACCCACUUGCUGACUUGACAUACUUUUGCUUGCCUUUUCACCUGGACUCCAUCACCAUUGGCGAUGUCGAGCUGCCCGGUCUGCGAGCCUCCACUGUGGCAGGCCUGCCCACUGAAGGAGACGUGCGCAUGCAGUAUGGCUCGGCAGCCGUGAAUCCCCAGACGUGGGCACAAUACCUCGGCCUGGGCUGCUUGCGUCUCGCUUCCAUUGCCCAAGGCGUUUUUGCUCGCUCGCGCCAGGGCAACGCUUCGGCAGCAAAUGCUAGCGAGCUCCGGAAGGUGGCUGAGCGGCUUGCUGAAGUUGGCCUUCACGUCAUGACACAGGGCCAGGCGCAUGGAGACCAGGCUCCUAAGCAUGCUACUCAGCUGCCUCCGGCCUUACGUCUAGUCCAGCUCUCUUCUAAAGCUGCCAAGCUGCGCGAAACCCUCUUGCGUUUUAUGGAAGAGGAGCUGGAAUAUGCUGCCCUGGCCGAAAUCACGGGGCGCUCGCUCUUGGCGGCCGAGGCAUGUAAUUGCUCGGCACCAGACACGGGAAACAUGGAAGUGUUGCAUCUUUACGGCACGCCAGCUCAGCAGGAGCAGUGGCUCAAGCCCCUGCUGGCCGGAGAAAUCCGCUCAUGCUUUUGCAUGACCGAACCAGACGUUGCCUCCUCCGAUGCCACCAACAUGGCGUGUUCCAUCUCGCGUGAUGGUGACGGCUAUCGCAUCAAUGGCCGCAAAUGGUGGGCGACGGGUGCUGGUGAUCCACGGUGUCGCUUGGCCAUUGUCAUGGGUCAGACCCCCGACCCGCAGCGCCCAAAGCAUCAGCAGCACUCUAUGAUCCUAGUUCCCAUGGACACACCGGGUGUGCGUAAAAUACGACCACUGACACAUUUUGGUUAUGACGACGCACCACAUGGCCACUUUGAGGUGGUGUUUGACAACGUUCGUGUUCCCGCCAGCAACAUCUUGCUGGGCGAAGGCCGUGGCUUCGAAAUUGCCCAGGGGCGCUUGGGACCUGGGCGCUUGCAUCACUGCAUGCGAGCCAUUGGCAUGGCCGAGCGUGCAUUUGAGCUCAUGUUGGGGCGAGCCUUGACGCGCCAGACUUUUGGACGACCACUGGCACGUCAUGGGAUGAUUCAGGAAUACGUGGCUCUGUCGCGGAUGGAAAUCGAUGCAAGUCGCUUGCUCGUUUUACAAGCGGCCCAUGUCAUUGACCAAGACGGCAAUAAGGCAGCACGCACCCACGUGGCGACGGCCAAGGUGACCGUGGCUCGCAUGGCUCAGGCCGUGUUGGAUCGCGCCAUUCAAGUCCAUGGAGGUGCGGGCGUCAGCGCAGAUCUACCACUGGCACUCAUGUACGCAGGUGCCCGCACGCUACGCAUUGCGGAUGGUCCCGACGAGGUGCAUUUGGUGUCGAUUGCAGCGGCUGAGCUGAGGCGCUUCGCCAAGGCCCAUGGUGUCACGGCUGCUCAGCUGUCCGGGGCCUCAAAAUUAUAG